AUGUCUACACUUGCCGAGCGCGCUUACGUGCUCGUUGUCUUGUGUUGUGGUUCAGAAAGGCAUUGCCAGCUUUAUCCGCAUUAUCGUAUAAGAGUUCAAGCCAGACCAGCAGAAGUUUGGAUGAUCAAAGGUCUGGUAGACAAGCUCGAUGAAAGUAUACGAUCAGGUCAAGGCAAUGAUAAGGACACAGACAUUUCAAAUAGCUCCUCUUCUACAGACGCAGAAGCAAAGGAAGCUCGAGGCGAAAACCUAAAAGCAGCAUCCUAUCUUUAUCGGGUACUUUGGGAUACAAUUUUUCUACACAAUGAUAAGCCAUUUCAGCAUCCUAUCUUCGAUGAAGACGAUCGCGUUCAUCGAUACGGACUGCGUGCUAGCGAGAUCGUAAAUCGAGCUUGCACAAGUCCAUAUUGUGCGAUCGAAUAUAGCGAAAAUGAGCUAGACGAAUACGACGAUGAAGACGAUUCAGAAUUUGACAUUCAUGACAUGAUCUAUGGAGGAGAAUUUGGCGUAAGCGAGGACGAAGAUUGGGAAGAUGAAGAUAACGAUUUCAUCGAUGACGGACCUGUCGAGAUCAAUGAUGAUAGUGAAGAUGAAGUUGAAUUCGAUCAUCAUCUGCACCAUGGCGCUCAUGAUCACGACAAUAGAGAUGUUCAACUUGUCGCCAUCAAUGGUCGAAAUGUGCCUCCAGUAAGAAGACGACGCGGGUUUAAGUGCGUGUCUUAACUC